GGUUUCGGGGGCGGGACCGCGAAGCGUUUCCGGGGGCGGGAGGCGUAAGCUGAAGCUGUCGCUGCCGCGACGGUUUAAGGAGGCCUGGCGCCGGCGGCGAAGAGGGUGCCUCGGGCGGGGUAUGUGAGCUCGGAGCCCUUGGCAGUACUAGUCAAGAUUUGUGAUGAAAUGGAGCCUGGGACAAACUCCUUUCGAGUAGAAUUUCCUGAUUUUUCCAGCACUAUUCUGCAGAAACUGAACCAGCAGCGCCAGCAAGGGCAAUUAUGUGACGUCUCUAUUGUUGUCCAGGGCCACAUUUUCCAGGCACACAAAGCCGUUCUUGCUGCCAGUUCACCCUACUUUUGUGACCAAGUACUCCUGAAAAACAGCAGGAGAAUUGUUCUGCCUGAUGUGAUGAACCCAAGAGUGUUUGAGAACAUUCUCUUGUCUAGUUACACAGGUCGCCUAGUAAUGCCUGCUCCAGAAAUUGUUAGUUACUUAACAGCAGCCAGCUUCCUCCAGAUGUGGCAUGUGGUGGAUAAAUGCACUGAGGUUUUAGAGGGAAACCCUACAGUCCUUUGUCAGAAGCUAAAUCAUGGCAGUGACCACCAGUCUCCAAGCAGUAGUAGUUACAAUGGCCUGGUAGAGAGCUUUGAACUGGGCUCUGGGGGCCACACUGAUUUCCCCAAAGCCCAAGAACUGAGGGAUGGAGAGAAUGAAGAAGAAAGCACCAAAGACGAGCUGUCGUCUCAGCUCACUGAGCAUGAAUACCUGCCCAGCAACUCAUCCACGGAGCAUGACCGGCUGAGCACUGAAAUGGCAAGCCAGGAUGGAGAGGAGGGGGCUAGCGACAGUGCUGAGUUCCACUACACCCGGCCCAUGUACAGCAAGCCCAGCAUAAUGGCCCACAAACGCUGGAUCCACGUGAAGCCUGAGCGCCUGGAACAGGCUUGCGAGGGCAUGGACGUGCAUGCCACCUAUGAUGAGCACCAAGUUACUGAGUCUAUCAAUACCAUGCAGACGGAGCACUCGGUCCAGCCUUCAGGCGUGGAGGAGGACUUUCACAUCAGGGAGAAGAAAGUGGAAGCAGAGUUUGAUGAACAAGCUGAUGAAAGCAAUUAUGAUGAGCAGGUGGAUUUCUAUGGCUCUUCCAUGGAAGAGUUUUCUGGAGAGAGGUCAGAUGGGAAUCUAAUUGGGCACAGACAGGAGGCUACCCUCACAGCAGGCUACAGUGAGAAUAUUGAAAUGGUAGCAGGGAUUAAAGAAGAAGCUUCUCACUUAGGAUUCUCAGCCACUGACAAGCUGUAUCCUUGUCAGUGUGGGAAAAGUUUCACCCACAAGAGUCAGAGAGAUCGACACAUGAGCAUGCACCUUGGUCUUCGGCCUUAUGGCUGUGGUGUCUGUGGUAAGAAAUUCAAAAUGAAGCACCAUCUCGUGGGCCACAUGAAAAUUCAUACAGGCAUAAAGCCGUAUGAGUGUAAUAUCUGUACAAAGAGAUUUAUGUGGAGGGACAGUUUCCACAGGCAUGUGACUUCUUGUACUAAGUCCUAUGAAGCUGCAAAGGCUGAGCAGAAUACAACUGAGGCUAACUAAAAAUAGGAUCUGGCCCUUGAGUGGCAUGCACAAAAAUAAACUAUGGUAAUUAAUGCAAAUCUGGGCACAGAUGAUGCGUGCUACUUGCUAUUAUGAGAGAAGCUUUAAAAAAAAAAGGAAGAUAUUUCUGAAAGACCAGCUCUAAGUAGGCCAAUUAAAAAAUCUAAUUCCUCAAAUUUGUAUGUUCAGUCCUGGCUUGGAAUGGGUAAUGGUGAUAUGUUAACCCACUGCUUAGCUGGCAAGGGAAACCUUUAAGCCAGUUAUGAUUGAGGCAGGUGAACUUGAUGGAGAGACCUGCACUUGGAACUGGACUCCAUCCCAGCAGUUCCAUUUCAGGUGGCAGCAGUUUUUGGUCACUCAUUAUUACAAGGUCAUGUUGAAAUUUUGUUUUGUUUGCUUUUACUAUACAUACUUAGGUAAUGUGGAUUUGUUUUGGUAGCUGCUUCACUGAUUGAAAUGCUACUUAGGUAAAAGCUACAAAUAACAUUCCUAGGAUGAGAAAUUGUCUGGUUUUUUUUUCUUUUUAAAGGGUAUUUUAACUAAAACUACAGAGAUACUAGCAGGAUGACAUUUUAGUCUGAAAUAACUUAUGGUACAAGCUUCAAUUUCUGUAAGAUGUCACUGUCAUGUUUCAAAUUCUUUGAUAAGGCACAGUUUUGUAUUAGUACUAAGGUUGAGUUGAACUGUUGUAUGUUGUAAUUCUUUUGGGUGCCAGAAGUGUUUCUAAUUGGUUUGCUGCCCCAUAUGCUAUUUAAUUAUAGCGUCUGUGCAGUGAGUUCUACUCUUAAGAGAUGUCUAACCUGCUGUGAGUGGCCAGAGGACAAUGGUACAUGGAGCACCCCAUCUGUUGCUCUUAGUUUAUGGUGCUUCUCAACAAGGGCAGCCAGUGACCACUGUUCAUGGGAAGGAGCCAGAAGUCAUGGCUGAGGGUUACCUGUAGGUGGACUUUAGGAGUUAACAGAGUGCUCCAGGAAUACUCCCAUUGUCAAAGUGAGAAUUGGGAAAAUGCAUAACCUUACGAGUGUGGGUUAUACUUAAAUGAGGGGAGGUUGAAAGUACCCAAGAAGUGUCUUGAAAAUACACUGGUGUAGGAGGAUAUUUUUCAGAGGGGUACGCUGAGCUAAUACUGCCAGUUCUUUAUAAGUGCUAGAAUAUGUGUUAAAAGGGGAAUGAAGGAGUCCUAAUUUUAGCAAAAUAUUCUACAGAUUCAUGCUCCCAAGUUACGGAUAAAAGCUGCACAAAUUUACAAGUCCACAUAGUAUACAUAGCAAAAAAAAAAACAACAACAACAAGAAAAGCAGCUAUUCUGAGACCUUUUCUACUGAUUGGUCAGGUGUUUUAGGUUCAAAAGAAGGCAUAUAUUCAAAAUGCUUUUAAACUGUGUAGCAUACAUGAGAUUAUUACCAGCGUAGGACAGGGUGCUACUAUUACAUCAUCUUCCCAUAAAAUUACUGGUGUAUUCCUUCUAAGUAGGAACUUUUUUUUCUUAAAAAUAAUUUCUGUUGGAUUUGGGGUGAAAUUUUGUUUUAAAAGUUUGGCUUUGCUCUAAUAUGAUAAGCAUGGCUGGCAACGGCCUCUAAUCCUUAAGCUCCGAACACCAAGGUGUUCACCUGUUGGACAUUAUCUGGAAAGGGGAAAGAAAGUACUUACCAACCAGUUAAUUCUUGUAAUCAAGAUUACAAAACAGGGAUCUAUUCACUAACACUGUAUCAUUCUCAAUAUAUAAAAAGCACUUUGUAUUUAAAACUUUAUUAUAAAUAUAUAUAUAUAGUUUUUUUAACCUAGAAACUAGAUAUUACCUCUUGGUUGUUUGCCACAUUGAUAUCAUCUUCUCUUAGUGUUGAAACUUGCCGGUUAACAGUCCUUCCUCUGUGUACCUGACAGAGUGUAUAAAGGUGACUGUACAAUCAGAACUCAGUUAUUCUUUUUCUCAUGUUAGAGGCCGAUGGGUUUUAGGUGUAAUCCUGGCCAUCAUGUGUGAGAAGUUCUUUUAUUGCUCCUACAAAUUUCCAUACUAAGACAGUGAAGCCAUUCCAUUCUGCCAAAAGCUGAUCACUGCUUCCAUGGUAUUAGCAAAACAGUUUCUUCUUUUGAAAAGGUUUGGUGUGCUAUUUCCUAUUAAAAGUUGCGUUUAAAUGAGCAUUGGGACGUUUGGGGAGAAGAGUCUGGGCGGUAAAAUAAGAAUAUUGUGGGAAAGUCAUGGUUCUUCAGUUAUGCUGAAUCAGCACCCUGGUUCUGAGUGGGAACAAAGAACUUGUUCAGCCAGAAGUAUGGCCAGCCCCUAGGUGACAGUUUGGAAGCAGUCCAUUGUUCUGGGACUUAUUUAAUGUGCUUGAAGAGUAUCUAAUCGAAAUCCAUAUAUGUAUAUCAGCUGCUAAAUGUAGAACUUAAAUAAGUUCCUCACAUCUGCUAUCUUUAAUUUUUUGUGAUAGUUGGGUUGUUUAUUGGUCAGCCAGACUCUGAGAUGGUUGGGUAUCUGAGAUGCCGGCCAUGUUCAGGAGACAGGGAAAGGGGUAGCCUUAGUCCAGACAUUCAUAGUGAAUGUUUUUCAAUUCUGCUUUUUAGGAUUAAGAGACCGUACUGCAUUCAUGCCUCCCUCUUCCCACACCUAGGUUGCAGUGAUAGUCUCUCCUCUUAGAAAAAAACAGCUUUAGGAAAUUCUUAUCCUUCCAGAUGAGUUUGGGUAAUUCUGGGUGACAGUUUUUAAAACAAUCUUUCAAGGUUUGUUUCAGUGGCCUACAACCAAGAUGCUUGUCCCCUACGAUGAGUCUUAACUGGAUUUUUUUUCCAGUCCUAGUGGGGAAGGGCUUCAAGACAAGACACCAAUGGCAUUUAAUAUUCUGCGUAUCACACCUUUAAUUUUAGGAGAACACAUCACAGUAACUCACUUGGUAAUGUAGGUCUCGCUGUCCAACUGAAGAAGACUAACUGUUCCACAUACUGUGGUUGCCCACUCCUGAGCUCCCAGCCUGUGUUCUGAUUUCUAGAUCUCAUCUCUACUUCCUUUAGGCCACUCUUUGCUUUAAAGGACUUUGCACAAAAGGGCUCCCUUUAUUCUAAAGAGCUCCCUCCAUUUGCUGAAUUCACUGACCCUGGGCAGGCUUCCAGCUAUUUGGGAAAGUUGUGUGCUCCAAGUAGCUCCUUUCUACAGAGGCUGCCACGCCCCAGACUGUCGUGGAAGGGAGGUUGAGGCACAGCAGGCCUGUGCUGUCCUGGGGAGUAUGUGCUGCAGCUUCAGGUGGGGUGGAAGAGGCACCUCUGCCACAACCCCAGGUGUUUGCUCAUGGCAGCACUCUGAUACUUAAGGAAUGCCGGAAACCAAGGGAUGUGUUAGUCGUCAGCCCCUUUCUGUGCCACUAAUUUUUAUAAUUUAGGUUGCUUUCAUGAGUGACUUUGUUCAGUGAAACCAGGGUUUGUUCAGGUUUUUUCCUUUGCUACUUACACAUUUAAAGGUACAAGUUUCUUAUUUCAAAUCUCUACUGAUAGUGCCCUUUGGGAAGAUGCUGGAACACAUUUUGCAAAUGUGACUUUUUUUAUUUUAAAUUUUGCUUGAAGCCUGUGUCAUGUCAGUUGCUGCUGCCUUCUUUCGUUUUAUGAGGUUCCCAAUGUUUCUUCCAGAAAAUUAUUUAUGCAAGUCAGGUGACUCUUAGGCGGCAAAACCAUUUGAUGAUAAACAGAUUAUCAUUAGGUGCAUAUUUCAUUGAUAUUUUGUGAAAUGUUAUGCCUGUGUUGCAAAAGUUGAAUAGUUUUGUCUUUAUAUAAUUGCUGUCUUCAGUGUACAGCAUGGUUUUACUUAAUUGAAUGUUACUGUUUAAUAUUUUCUUCUUAUAGAAGAGCCCAUACCCUUUUGUAUGACAUGUUUUAAUAAAUGUUAUCUGUCAGUUUUGUAAAAGUUUUGCUUUUCACUCUGAUUAAAUGACCAUGUCUUGUUUUCAUUCUGGCUUUUGCCACUAAGAAUAAAGUUGCAUUAUGUA